AUGAAUUGGCAAGACGAAAAAACAACUAGUGUUUACGAUCUAUCAAAUCAAGAAAAUAAAAAUUCUGGUGAUACUCUAAUUAACUAUAAAAAAUCAAAUAUUAAUUGUGAAAAAUUUAUUGAAUUACGUAGUAAACCAUCUAAAUCUCUAAGCUUUUCUCCAUCAUUUAAUUCAAUUCAUUUAAAAUUAUAUAAUGAUAAUACAUUUCCAAUUAUAUUUAAAUUAAAAACAACUCAACCAGAUAUUAUAGCUUCACAACCAGCUCGUGGUUUUAUUCAAGCUAAUUCAUUUAUUGAAUGUCAUUUAACUCCUAUUGAAAUUAAAUAUGAUAUAUUACUUGUUGUACAAUAUGCACAAAUCUUAAGUCAAUAUGAUGAUUAUAUAAUACAAUGGAAAAACUUAAAAUCUGAUGAAAUUCAUAUAAAAAAAUUUCAAUGUACUUUUGAAGAUAAAAAGCAAAUUUUUAAAAAACAAACAUUACUUAAACCAAUCUUAUUUACAUUUGCAACAAUUACUCUUCUUACUACAUUUGUUUAUUUAAGAAAUAAAUAA